CACGAGACGAUCUGUGACAGUUGCACGCGUGCGAGAUUCGCGAGAACCAUUAACAGUGAUCAGCGUCGUAAGCUACUUGAUGGGGUUUCUUCAACUAUCUGCAGCUAAAAAGAACCGAAGCGUCAUCCUCAGUCAGUCACAUCAUGGAGUCCAAUUCCGAACUCUUGAAACUGGCUUCAGCGAUAUCCUCCUCCACAGCUACUCUAGAUCGAUAUCUGAAGGAUAACGGGAUAGCAGAGCCGUCGUUUGAUGCCAAUGCUCCUCCUCAACUGGCCCUCAAGUCUGCUGAAGCAUUCCAAGCCAAAAACUCAGCUAUCAAUGCAUGCCUGGAGCUGCUCGAUCGACUGCAAGGGCCACUGACAUGUAUGCUUCCUUUGUACAAUGGCAGCGCCCUGCAGGCGAUUUCACGCUACAAUAUUGCCACCCAUGUCCCCAUUGACGGAAGCGAGAUUUCCUAUCCCGAUCUCGCCAGCGCAGCCGGUAUACAUGUCGAUGAUCUGAAGCAGGUCAUCCGCUUCGCUAUCGUUUUUCAUCGACUGUUUCAGGAGCCCCGGAAAGGAUAUGUCACCCAUUCUGCCGGGUCGCGCAAGAUCGCAGAAGACCCAAUUGUGCAGGCUGGUGUUGGGCAGUUCGAUGAAUUUUAUGGCUCGUUUGCCAGAACGGUGGACGCCAUGACCCAAUUCCAGGGGCAUGAGCCAAACGAAACGGGUUUCUGCCUCUCCCACAAUACCAACGAGGAUCUAUUUAGCUAUCUUCGCUCGCGGCCAGCCGCAGCGAAGCAAUUCUCCGAGGCGAUGAAAUUCUAUACAGGUCCGAUUCCGGCAUAUUCACCGAAUCUCCUAGUGCAGGGCUAUCCGUGGCAUCAACUUGGGAAAGAUGCCGUCGUAGUUGACAUGGGGGGUUCAACUGGCCAUGUCGCACAGUUAAUUGCGCAGGCAGUGCCUGACAUUCAGGUUAUCGUCGAGGAUCUCCCACAUGUUGUCACAGAAGCAGAAUCAGCAAGAGCCAUGGACAACCAAGAGCUGCGACAACAUCGUCCAGUCCUGUUCAAAGCACAUGAUUUCUUCACGCCGCAAACAGUUGUCGCCGAUGCAUACCUGCUCCGCUGGGUGCUGCACGACUGGCCAGAUCACUACGUCCUCAAGAUUUUGCGCCAGCUGGUGCCUAGUCUCCGAAAAGGAGCACGUGUUAUUAUUAACGAAAGCUUGUGUCCUGAAUCAGGGUCAUUGCCGCUGGCAACGGAGCGAUACAUCCGAUACAUGGACUUGAUGAUGUUGGCCAUUAACAAAUCACGAUUACGGGACGAGGAAGAGUGGCAACAGCUGUUUCGCGAAGCGGACCCCAGGUAUGGACAAUUGAAGUGCUGGACACCGGAGGGAUCAGCAUUGGCCAUUAUGGAAGUAGUCUGGGAGGGGUAAAGAAGCCAUUGUAUCUAAUCCGUCGAUCUAGCUGAGAAAUACCGGUUGGCUUUUUCCAGUGGAGACGGUAACAUGUAUCUAAUUACUUGGUUCAAGUAACUAAUUACGACAGACCGUCAAGACGGUGGCUGGAAGAUAGGGUCCGUGAAUCAAAGUAAUUAGAGUAUAUAACCUUAUAUGUUAGUGUGCCAACAUACAACAUUUCUCGGCUG